AUGGCCAAUCAACAAGAGUUACUUUCUAUUCCAAGCUUGAAUGCCACUUUGUACAUUGUUGGAGACACCGCUGGUUGGGAUAUCAGUGCAAAUCUCUGGUCUUGGACUACCAACAAGACCUUCCAUGUUGGUGAUGUUCUAUUAUUCCAAUACUCAAGAUAUCAUAGCUUGAUGGAAGUAAACAAAGAAGGCUUUGACACAUGCAAUACUAGCAAUUCAAUAUUAACAAGCAACACCGGAAAUACGUCGAUAACUCUCACUGAACCCGGAGAUAAAUAUUUCGUAUGCGGAGUUUUGUCACAUUGUUUGGGAGGAAUGAAACUUAAUGUACAUGUCAAUGGAGAUGGUUCUUCAUCGGGCCCGGCUCCGGCCGUGUUGCCGAAGGCUGGUGUGUUAUCUCCGCCGUCAUUGCCGCCACCGCCGGUUACCAAUUUAAAGAACAAUGAUAGUCCUUUUGCUUCUGCUUCAUUUGGACAUCUUCAUGGUGCAAGGGGCUCAUUGUUUUUUACUUGGAUUUUAUGUGCAAUUAUUUCCUUUUUCUUGUUGAUUUUAGUGUAAAGAUCUUGAUUAAUUAUCAAGUUUUGUAAUGUAGAUACUAGAUACAUGUAAUGUGAAAAAAAUGAAGAAAAUUAAAAAGAGUUGUUCUUCACAUUGGUCAUGCUCACAAGUCACAACAAAGGUAGGUAAUAUUUUCAGUUUAUUUUUAUUUUUUAAAUGCUUCAUGGAUUUUAUA